AUAUGAGCGCGAGCGGCGGGCUCUCGGGUCUUUUUUAGCGCCAUCUGCUCGCGGCGCCGCCUCCUGCUCCUCCCGCCGCCGCCCUGAGUCACUGCCUGCGCAGCUCCGACCGCCUGGCUCCCCGUGCUAGCCACCGAUAUUUGGAGUUCUUACAACAUGGCAGACAUUGACAACAAAGAACAGUCUGAACUUGAUCAAGAUUUGGAUGAUGUUGAAGAAGUAGAAGAAGAAGAAACUGGUGAAGAAACAAAAAUCAAAGCGCGUCAGCUGACUGUUCAGAUGAUGCAAAAUCCUCAGAUUCUUGCAGCCCUUCAAGAAAGACUUGAUGGUCUGGUAGAAACACCAACAGGAUACAUUGAAAGCUUGCCUAGGGUAGUUAAAAGACGAGUGAAUGCUCUCAAAAAUCUUCAAGUUAAAUGUGCACAGAUAGAAGCCAAAUUCUAUGAGGAAGUUCAUGAUCUUGAAAGAAAGUAUGCUGUUCUCUAUCAGCCUCUAUUUGAUAAGCGAUUUGAGAUCAUUAAUGCAAUUUAUGAACCUACGGAAGAAGAAUGUGAAUGGAAACCAGAUGAGGAGGAUGAAAUUUCGGAGGAGCUGAAAGAAAAAGCCAAGAUUGAAGAUGAGAAAAAGGAUGAAGAAAAAGAAGACCCCAAGGGAAUUCCUGAAUUCUGGUUGACUGUUUUUAAGAACGUUGACUUGCUCAGUGAUAUGGUUCAGGAACAUGAUGAACCUAUUUUGAAGCACUUGAAAGAUAUUAAAGUGAAGUUCUCAGAUGCUGGCCAGCCCAUGAGUUUUGUCUUAGAAUUUCACUUUGAACCCAAUGAAUAUUUCACAAAUGAAGUGUUGACAAAGACAUAUAGGAUGAGGUCAGAACCAGAUGAUUCUGAUCCCUUUUCUUUCGAUGGACCAGAAAUUAUGGGUUGUACAGGGUGCCAGAUAGAUUGGAAAAAAGGAAAGAAUGUCACUUUGAAAACCAUUAAGAAGAAACAGAAACACAAGGGACGUGGGACAGUUCGUACUGUGACCAAAACUGUUUCCAAUGACUCUUUCUUUAAUUUUUUUGCCCCUCCUGAAGUUCCUGAAAGUGGAGAUCUGGAUGAUGAUGCUGAAGCUAUCCUUGCUGCAGACUUUGAAAUUGGUCACUUUUUACGUGAGCGUAUAAUCCCAAGAUCAGUGUUAUACUUUACUGGAGAAGCUAUCGAAGAUGAUGAUGAUGAUUAUGAUGAAGAAGGUGAAGAAGCAGAUGAGGAAGGGGAAGAAGAAGGAGAUGAGGAAAAUGAUCCAGACUAUGACUCAAAGAAGGAUCAAAACCCAGCAGAGUGCAAGCAGCAGUGAAGCAGGAUGUAUGUGGCCUUGAGGAUAACCUGCACUGGUCUACCUUCUGCUUCCCUGGAAAGGAUGAAUUUACAUCAUUUGACAAGCCUUUUGCAAGUUUUUUUGUUAUUGUUUGUUUGCUUGUUUUUGUUUUUGCAGCCUAAAAUAAAAAUGUCAAAUAUAAUUUUAGUUCUCACAAGAUAAUGUCUUAAUUUUGUACUAAUUUAGGUAGUAGCAGAGGCCUAGCUUGAAUUAAGCAUUGUACCCAGUUGACCAUAUUAUGGAAGAGAAGUGUGUCAACUUUGGGAGAGGUACUACAUCUGCUCAUUAAGAAAGUAUAAAAAAGAAAGACAAAAUCUUAAAUGAUGUAAUGUUUUUUUAAAACAUUAAAAGGUUAAAAUUUUAUUUCCUUUGAUUAGAGCUAGAGAGAAGGCCCCAAGCUUCUGUGGUUAAUUCCGAUUCUUACUGCUUUUAAAGUAUGAGUAUGUCAUUUACCCAUGCUUCUGUUUACUAUGUAUUAAAAUGGGUAGUACUGUUUACCUAACUACCUCACAGAUCUGUUAAGGCAUAUUAAGUUAGAUUUUAUGAAAUGUUUCUCGAUCUCAUUAAAAGCUCAAAAAUUUGGACCUGUUUGUACCACAAGUAUGAUAUUCAGCAUUUUAUUCACACCAGGGUUUGUAAUUCAACUGGAAAACAAAGGUUUAAGUACCUCUAUUCUGGAUCUGGUCAGGCAACAUUCUUGCAGAUCUUUGUGUGGCUCCUGUCUUGAAAGAAGCUGUUAGAAGAGCAACUCUUUGAAAAGGUCCAAGGAGUUUUUAGGUAUUUUAGUUAUGACCAUAUUGUAGUAAAGUACUACAGAGAUCAUGGGACUAACAUAGGAAGAAGACCAUUUUUAGUUGGGGGGAAAUGCCAUUAAAUUUGAGUCUGUAGAGCCACAUUUAAAAUACCUCAGGCUAAUUACUGUUAAUUUUUUGUGAUGAGCUUAAAAGUUUUGACAGUGAGGGUGGACUAAAUGGAUUGUAAUUCGAGGAUGUCCUAGAGUUCCUGCUCUAAUAAAAUUACAUUGUUUUUAGAAGUGAUAGAGCUUCCUUUUUGAAAAUUUAGUAUUUAAAGAUCUUGGAAUGUGAACACAUCUUGUUAUUUGUGUAAUACUGUUCAUUCCUCUUCUGAGAUUUUAAUUAACUACUGGAAAUCCUUAACCAGUUGCAGUAGUGUGUAGGAAAAAAAUGCCAUGAAAACACCUUAUGUUUUUCCUCUUUAUUUUGAAAAUGCUUUUGGUUGCUUUGAUUAGACAUUCUUUGCUGAUUUUUGGUUUUGUACCCAUAGCUCAUUUGAUCACAGCCUUUUCUGAACUUAAAAAAAUUUAAUCUAAAGAUAGAAUCCCAUUUUUAAUGAACUUAAGUAGCAGAACCACUAUUUUUUUUUUUUCAUUCCUUUAGGUAAUAGCUAUUGCCAAAGUGAAGGGGCCGAUACUAUUUCAUCUUGUUAUAUAAAGGGAUGUGGUUUGUAGAGGAAUUGUUUUCUUAAUAAAUUUGGCAUUGCAAGGGAUAUCAGUGUUCAUCUAUGCCAUCUCUCCAGUUCCAAAAUGGUUCUAUUCCAUUUUAGAAAUUUGAAAUAUGUAAUUUGAAAUCCUUAAUAAAAUUUGCAUUUAAUUU